AUGGAAGAGAAGGUGAAGCUGUCAAAGGACAGCACUGCCCCCUUGGUGGACGCCACGAUCUACCGGAGCAUCGUCGGCACACUGCAUUACCUCACGCACACGCGGCCGGACAUUGGGUUCGCCGUGGGGUACGUAAGCCGGUUCAUGGCGGAGCCGCGGGAGGAUCACCUCGCCGCGGUCAAGCAUCUACUCCGCUAUGUGGCAGGGACGCACGACUACAGGAUUGUCUACCCAAGGAGGAGCAGAGGAGAGCUGGAGCUGAUUGGGUUCAGCGAUAGCGACAUGGCGGGCGACGUUGAUGGACGAAGGAGCACGACUAGUGUGCUCUUCUUCCUUGGAGCGUGCCCGAUCUCCUGGCAAUCGAUGAAACAAAUGGUCGUUGCGCUGAGUACUUGCGAGGCAGAGUACAUUGCGGCGGCGACGGCAUGUUGCCAGUUAGUUUGGCUGGGGCGGCUGCUGGCAGAGCUCACCGGAGAAGAAGCUCGGGCACCCGUCCUGAUGGUGGACAACCAGUCCGCCAUCGCCUUAGCAAAGAACCCUGUCCACCACGACCGGAGCAAGCACAUCGACACCAAGUAUCACUUCAUCUGUGAUUGCGUCGACGGUGGACAGAUCAAGCUCGAGUAUGUCGAGACAGCUCGACAGCUCGGGGACAUCCUCACCAAGCCACUUGGGCACGUUCGACUCGCUGAGUUGAGGACCAAGAUUGGAGUUGAGGAAAUCAAGCAAGAGCAGUGCAAUUAG